UCCACAGAAACCAUAUGUCAGCUAUGCUUGAUUCAAUUUAACUAGACAAAAGCCAACAUACAAUCUGUUGUGAUUGCGCAUAGAAAAAUAUUCGAGUGUGGGAGGAGAAGGAAAAUGUGGAAUAUUCAUUUGGCAGAUGGACAAGUCCAUGCACCCAGAGCAGGGGCCCACUUCCACUCGCCUGGCCUUAAUCACAGUCACGAGUCGAGUCGCCCAGUUUGGCAGAGACAAUCAUUUGUUAUUUGAUUUGCACAUCAGCCGGAUGUGGACGCGGAUACCCAAGCAGCCGGGCAGCCAGACGACCGGGAUGGCAGGCAGUCAGUCAGCCAGGAUGUCAGGACAUCAGGACAUCAGGAAGCCAGGGGGUCCGGGUCCGCAGAAGCCGAGCACUCUGAGAUCCUCGGGACGAACAUUGCAAUUUCCCGGCGCCAGUCAAUGGCCACCGGACAUCGUUGAUUCCCGCAGAUGCAGAUGGAGAUUCAGAUGCCGAUACGCGUGGCGUUGACGGAAUGGAUCGCUGGACUGGCUGGAGAGACAAAACAUGGCAUCAAUCCCCCAACGAGGUUUUGAUGGGGUGCAACUGGAGUUAACUAAAGUCAAAUUUGUCUUGCACUUUGCGGAAAUUCGGUGUGAGGAAGUAAAGGCCUAAACAUCCUCUACGAGUAGAGUUACGGAUCGUUAGAAUGGUGUUUUGACAAGGGUCUAUUCUGUUUUAAUUAAUCAAAUUAGCAAAACUCAUUAAUUUCGCAAAGUUUAUUGAAAUUCCCAACUAUUAAAUAAUAAAAUUUUUUGAGUCUAAAAGUA